UGUGCUUGAAUUCGUAUUUGGUACAUAUGUACACAACCGUGUAAUCGGUGUAUACAUAUAUAGGCAUAGUGGAGCCCCAGAGAAAUUCUUGUGUUUAUUAAUAAUUUCUCUCGACAUUGUAUAAAAUAGAGCCAGAAAGAGCCGGUUUAGAAUUGGCAUAAUUAGAGAUCGUUAAUUCGUAGAAUCUUUCAUGCAUCUGUUCUUUUGAUCUGAUUAUAAUUUCGGAUGAUUGUAACUUGAAUCUUAAUUGUGGCGGCUCUUUGCAAAAUGCACAAAAAGUGGGCAGAGAUAUAUUCUUGAAGAAAAAAAGUCCGGUUUCUCGACUUAAUCAAUUAUUGCGAAAAGUACAAGACAAAAUUUAUCUUAUACUUCAAUUGUUAAAAUGGCUGCAUCCUUGUCAGCUUAUUGGGUAAAGUUUUUCAAAGGGGCUGGAUUUUCUCAAGAUGUGGCCACUAAGCAUGCAGUUGUGUUCUCAAACAAUCGCAUCAAACCAGAUAUGUUGCCAGACUUGGAUAAACCUAGUCUCAAAGAAAUGGGUAUCACAUUAAUGGGCGAUAUGAUUGCUAUUUUGAGAUAUGCCAAGAAAGUAGUAGAAGAAACAACCUGCGAGAGAUUUUUAGUUGAUUCAGAAGACAUACUUCCAACUCCAAAGGUUUCUGUAUCAAAACCUAUUAUGAAAAAAGGAAGCAAGGAAAUUGGAAAUAAGACUAUGGUUUUAGCAACAUCUAAAACAGACUCUACAAAGAAGAUAGUUAAAUCUUUAUCUGCAACAAAAAAGAUUUUGACUAUAAGGAAGCCAAUUUCUGCUCCAGUUACCACUAAUGCUGUUAAUCAAAAGCCGAUAUCUGUCAAAAGAAAAUUGGCAUCGGAAGAAGACAAUGAUGAAGACAAUGAUGAAGAUAACUGGAAUAUUUCAGAAAAGAAAGUAAAAACGACAAAUGGCAGUGAAGAUAAUAUUGAAUACACUGUUGCAACACCGAAGGCAAUAGUAAGAACUCAGAUACUUAAAAAACCUGUUGAACAAAAACGAACAGUAUUUGAUAGAUUAGGCGAUAGCUCGGUCACAAGCACAACUAAUUUAGUUGACACGACGCCUACUUUCAAUAUUACUGGAGUUAGUAAAGAAGUAUUUAAAAGAUCUACUAGUGUUUUUAAGCGUCUUGGUGACAUAGAUGAUAAGAAGGAUCAGACAACUACUGCAGGAAUACUUAAAAAUGGAUCAAGUAUUACCAAUACGCUAGGCAUACUGAAAAAUCGAACAUCACCUAGCGUACGCACGUCAAUUAUAACGACAAAGAGAGUCAUGCCUAAAAUUACCGGCACUAUGCAUGCCGAUCACGAAGUUAAUAAGAAGAUUACUUUGAAUAAUACAAGUCGUAUACUAAAACUGAAAAAGGAAGUACCUAAUGUUAAAUCAAAUAUUGAAGGUAUUUCAAAAAAAAUAUCUACAGUCACAUCUGGCAAGUUAGCUUCAGAACGUCUUGUCUCAAUACCAGCCAAAGCACGCUUGGGCACAACCACUGCCAAACAAGUGACAUUCAGUAAAGUGGCAACAGUGACACAUGUCAAAAGGGCAGAUGUUUUCAGUCGCUUGGGUAUUUAAGUUUGGCUUGAUCCUCCCUAUCAAUCGUGAACAAGCAAUGGUUUGCAAUCGAACUGUUAUUUGUAUAAAGUUAGAGUUUUCCGAAUCAACUGCAUUAAUAUUGAUUAAUGCUAAUCAAGUGAUUGAUUGGACUUUUUUUUUAUUACGAAUGGGUAUAUCCAAAGGGUGUUUUCCAAUUGUAAAAUCACUAGACACUUUCAUGCACACGAUGACACAAGUUACGUUUCAUUCAAGUAAUUGAUGUAAUCGUCAAUACAACAUCCAUACUCAGCCAGAAGGCUACUAGCCAGUUGUGUAAGCUUGUGUUUUCUAGUAACCAUUACAUAUUAUUAAUCGCAGUUAUAAAUAAGGUUGGAGUGAUUGGCAUUUUUGCUUUUUUUCAUUCAAUGAAGACAAAUUUAAAUAAAAGAUAAAUUUAAUCUAAUUCUAUC